CUUGUUGAACGGGAGGGCGAAAAUGCUAAAGCUAGCGUAAAAGUAGCUUCUAAGAGUUCAAAUUGAAAGCUGAUAUCCAACCAUUUUGAUCAUAACAUGAAUCACCAGUGUUCAAUGAAGUGUUAAGUAUUUCAAAUUGAGCAUCGACGAUUAUGCAUUUUUCUGAUGUUCAUUGUAUUCUUUUAUGCUACAAUUUUGUUGCGGAUGUCUGCAAAUAAAAAUGAAUUGUCAAUAUUUGUAUUGGAAAAACCCCAUGCAGGUGAUUUGCAGAAAUCUGUCCAGGGUGAAAGGACGUGGCAGGAAUCUGAAAUACGGGGAGUGCAACGAGUCGGACGGAGACUUCAACCUCUCCAACUUUUGGGACACUUUGAACCAGGCGGUGAAGGCGGUGUCUCAGGAAGCCACCAAAGUCAGCCUUGCCUUCUCCAAGCCGCCGCUGCCCUCGCAGCAGGUUCUUCGCCUGGAUGGCGAGCGGCUGGCCGACUCCGUCCUCAAGAGCGUCCUCAGCCUCUCCACCGUUUAUUACUGGCUUCCCAAGAGCCGAGGUGUCAGUCUGCGUCAGCAAGUCCGAGACGCCACCGUGCAGGUUCUGGAGGGGUUGACGCAGCUCCUGGAGGUCAUUCUGAGCUCACCGCUGCAAAGUUUGACUCAAGAGCAGUUGAUGUCGACGGGGGGGGUGUGGUCGGCGUGCGACCGCUUCAUCCGCCUACCUGAAGACAAUAAAGCCGCGGCGCUGCUGGUUCUAACUGCUCAAGGCGGCAUCGUAAAAGACGCCAUCGAUGAGCUGGAGCAGGCGUUGUCGGAGGCGCACGACCCGUUCGGCGACGUCCUGGACGACGAGGAGCCGCGGGGCAACCGGGACACGUACUGGUCGGAGCGGGACCGCCGCGUGGUGGCCGCCUGCCGGGGGAUGAUGACGGCGGCCGCCGCCUGCCUGAGGAAAACGACGGCGGCCGUCAGGGCCCGAGGGGACGCCGACGCGCCGGAGAGGGCGGCCCAGCUGGACGACCUGGUGGACGGCGUCAAGGAAAUAAGCCCGCGAGUGGACGACCUGGCGUUGUGCCUCUACCCGCCUGUGGAUUACGACGCCGUGGAGAACGAUGUUUCUAAACUGGCUGCGCUGUUGAAGAAAGUUCUUUCCAUUACUCGCAGGUCCAGUCACUUCUGUGGCGAGGCCGAGCUCACCUGGGUUCAGUUCUUGGAGGGAGCCGUGGACCACAACCUGCAAAAAGCCAAAAAUCUGAUUGGGCCGGACUCUUGAUUGACAACAGAGUGCAAGGCCUCAUUUUUCGUCAUCUGCCUC